GUGAAAGCCACCAGCCUCUUCUGAGUCUCGCUCGACCCGCCGUACUCGCCGCCUUUUCGCGACGCUGUCGCCGUCUCGAUGCAUACUACGAACAGACAGUUCGCUCCACAUUUUUCCCCGUUACAUCCACAGAUUGUGUCCAGCUUUGUACGGAGGACAUGGUAACUUCGUUGUACCAAUUUACGUAGGUGGUUCGGAAAUCGUUUUCCCAGGAACCGACCCUGGGUACCCGACAUCCCUAAAAUCGUGAACGAGAUCAAGUCUUGCUGGGGCGAUUCGACGAACGCGAGAGACAUCGUAAAAUCUCUUUCGCCUUCCGUUAACAGAAUUUCUCCUCCAAUGGCGGCUACCAAUGACUCUGUUUCCGAUAAUUCUCCAAGGGUCUAUUGCAGCCUCCACAUGUAGACGCAAGUCGAUUGCGGCUGCCAGGACCUCUCGCGAACAGACUUAUUUCCCGUCGCCAGAUGCACGUCUGUCGUGAGACACGCGCCAUGUUAUUUUCGUUUUCGCCUUCAGUCUGACCAAACUCUUCUCUCUUGCAACGAUGAGUGUUCCUUGGCGGCUCCGAGGAGGGCGGGUGCCGGUCGAGAGGCGACCCGGUGCAGCAACUUGCAGUCUCCGCGGGGUCUCUGCUGCCUCUCACUCCUUCGCUGUCUCGCCGGUUUCUCUGUCUGCUUCUGCUCAGUCUUCCUCAUCAUUUUCUUUCCCCUCUUCGUAUUCAUCCAUCUGCGCUUCUUUUUCCGCGGGGUGCCCCCUCCGUACUGAGUCAUCCGCUCCCUCUCCGGCGUAUUCAUUAUUUUCCUCUUUUUACUCUUCUUCUCCGUCUCUCUUUCCCCUUUGGCUGUCGGUGUCGCCUUCCCCUGUUCCGCUAGGACUUGUUGGUUCCUGUCCGACCCGCGCUGAAGUCGCUUCCAAGGCGCCUUCGCUUCGUCUCUCUUCGUCAACUGUGAGUCGUUCCGAGCGCCUCGCCCAGACGCUUCUCACCCUACUUCCUCCCCGAUCGGCUCUUCGUCGCGAGGGCCAUCCUUCCUCUCGCUCCUGGCCUCGCGAAUUCAUGUCUUCCUCUCCUUUGUCCUCUUCGUCGCGUCUCCCAUUGGGAGCGCGGGCUCUCCAUUCUUCUUCUCAGCUGCCGUUUUUCUCUCUAUCACCACGGGGACUCUCGUGUCUCCGAUCGAGGACUCCUCUACCAUUCGACCCUCAACAGUCAAACCGAGUUUCUGUCUCUUGGAGUUGUUCCUCCGACUUCCGUUUCUUCCCGCCGGCUCCCCAGGCUACGAGUUCGCGGCGUGUGGACACCUCAAGUCGCGCAGACACCUCGCGGUGUUCAUACAACCGGCCGAGGUGCGCAUACACUGUGGCCAGGUGUAUAUACACCGCAAGUGUGGCAGCGCGCGAGACCGGGGAGAAGACGCGGGAUGCCCCUGCAGGCCUGGGUCACUCGCCGAGCGUCGCGGAUUUGAAGCGUGUCACCGCGCCUUGCCUUCCUCCGUCCCAGGUUUCGUCUUUUUCCGGCGACAGCAGGUGGAUAGACAGCCGAAGUGAAGGAGCAGAUAACCGUGUUCAAAGCCUCGCGGGCCAGGCAGCUGCAUGCGCGCCACAGACGCGCCAGCGCCGACCGCGGCUCCCCGCAUGCUCGAGCGAGUCACGUGGCGAGAGAAGGCAGGAACUGGACCUGGCGAAGUGGAUUGCAAAGACGAGAGACGGACCUAGAGAGUCUCGUGCACAUCUGAAUGCUCAGGUAGAACCUGAGAUUCUUGCAAAGAAGCAGACAGCUUCGGUCUUUUGGGGUCGCCCAGACGGUCGAUUUCCUCCCUUCUCGCCGACCGAGUCUCCUCUUCCCAGGCCUGCCUGUGACUCUUCUUGCAUCUCUUUUUCGCCGGAUCCUUCGUCUCCCUUUCCCUCCUCUCCCGUCUCUUCUCCUUCCUCUUGUUCUCCCUUCUCCGCUUCUCCCGCAUCCGCUUCUUCCUGUUCUUCCCCUGUCUUUUCUUCGUCCUCUUCAUCUUCAGCCUGUGUGUCUCCCUCGCCUCUGUCGCGCUUCGCUGCCGGGCGCAUGCAGUCGGAGCUCGGGGCUUUGGAGUCGGCGUUGCCGCCGGCAGGUUCUUGGGCGCAAGGUGCCAGAGCGUCGGAAGGAGUGCGCGUUCCAGCUCCGGCCUUUUCUUUCUCUGGAGAGACACCUACCACGUUCAGUGAGUUUGACAGACGCUCUGUCUCCCCCCCGGCUCUUCCUUGCUCUUUCCACAGGAGCGCCGCGGCGAUCCAAAGCGAGAACCGACGCUCGCGCGAAGAGAGACAGCCCCAAGACGACCUCGCCCCUCGCGCCCCACCUCUCGGAGACAGACAGGUGAACAGAGACCGAGGAGACAGAGGAGGGGUCGGAGACAGAGGAAGACAGGGCGACAGAGAAGGAGAGAGAGGAAGAGUGCCGGAAAGAGGGAGAAAGAGAGAUGACCCAGAGAGGACACAGCGAGUAGAGCGGAGACAGGGUGUCUCUAGCCGAGCUAAGAAAGCUCGAACGGUUGUGGGGAAGCUGAUGGAAGAUGCCGUGGACCUCGUGGAAGCAUUUGAGGCAUUCAGAGAUGACACGAAGACUGACCUCGGAGAGCGAAGAGGCAAACUGCAUGCGUACCAGACGGACAUUUUCAAAAUUCAUCUGCAGAUUGCUCAGCAUGUGCACGAAGCGACAGAGGACGAACUGCUGGAGCUGCGCGGGCACGUCGAGGCGCUGCUGAUGCGCCAAAAGUUGGUAGUGGAUCGGCGCCUUCUUCUGCCUCUUCUGGAGGAACUUUACAAACGAGAGAUGGUCGAUAGCAUUCGAAUGAGCACCCUCGUUCGGUAUUUCCGCGAUCUGUGCGAUACGAACCAAGGCGACUCGCCAGCUGCUGAUGGCCUGAUAAAACGCGUGCAUGCAUCGAUCAUGGGGCGCCAGCAGGAAUUCUUGGACAAUCGAGAUCUUGGAAAUGCACUGCUGCUGUUUCUGUACAACUCCUGUCUCCUUCGUCUCCCCACGGGUGCCCUCUAUCCCGAGUGGGCUCGCCGCAGUGUUGCGGCAGAGGCCGAGAGAGGCGGCAGCCACGCGCCUCUGAAAAUCUCGCCUCCUCUCGUCGUCUUUGUCUCCAGAAUUCUCAUUGCAGAGCGCUGCGGCGCCCCGGGCGUUUGGCACGCCGUGCUGAACUUGACUCUUUCGAUCGACCCAAGAACGUCUCCGUUUUUCUUCGCCGCGUCCCCCCUUAUUACGGAAUCUGAGAGCUCUCCCGCGGAAAGGAAAAGCGCCUUCCUGUCUGGUGGCGAACAGACUUUUCUGCAAGCGACAGACGCCGCUCAAGGCGACUUUCGGGGCGGACAAGAAGAGGCAAACGACGCGGUGUGUCGAUACACCCCAGGCGACGAAGCCCAGUGGCUAGCCAACGCGACACGCACAGCGGCCGGCGCUGCGGCGAUGGGAAUUCCUUUCCACCCUGCUCUCGAAAUUAUUUUCGAUCGCGUAGCGGAGACGGUGAAGGACGAGAGAACUGCAGCCUUUCAGACACUCUUCGCCUGCCAGGCCGAGCGCCACAGCUGUCGCCUUCUGCAGUACAUUUGGUCUCUCUGCUUCUAUAAUUUUCAUCUGCAUGCGCAUUUCCCCGCCAUUCUCCAUGCUGCAUGCAAACAUGGGAGACUCGAACACGCGGCGCAGUACCUCCUCAAUUUCAGUUCCCCCGCCUUCGUCCCCUUCCAGAUGGCAGAGGCAGUGAUGUUCGCGGUGCGGGAGACCGGUGAGAGAGUCCAGAGAGGUCUCUCUGUUCUCUGCAAGGAACAUUUGGACGACAUUCUCACAUGCGUGCGUCCGUCCUGUGCUGCCUGGGCGUCGAACUUCCUUUCGCCUCACCCGAGUUUCCGAGCUGACUUUGAGCGCCACUUGACCCUCAAUUCGGUGCGCUUCGCCUUCAUCAACCGACGAGGCGUAUCGUGCCUCCAUCUGCUGGACCUCAAAGGAGACCUGAGGGGUGCAACGAAGCAACAGUCUCAGUCUUCCCUUGCAUCCGAUGAGACACCCGAAAGUCUAUCUUCUCCUGCGUCCUCCUCGCCGUCUUCUUGUUCUUCUCCCUCUUCUUCUCCCUCUUCUUCUCCCUCUUCUUCUCCCUUUUCUUCUGCUUCGUCUGUGUCUCGCUCAGCGGGCGCUCCAGUGUGUGUCGUGUUGAUCGACUUGGCGCGCCAGCCGCGCGACGUGACUCGCGAGCUUCUGCCGGGCCUUCUGGGCGGCCAUCGCCUGCACAAUCGCCUGCUGAGGCGCCUUGGCUGGGACGUUCGCGUCGUCUGCCAAAGCGACUGGGACGCGCUCAACACCUCCGGAAAAGCCGCCCUCAUCCAAAAAAUACUGGAGAGACACGCGCCCGCCAACCGCGUCUCUGGCGCCGGUCCAAGCCCCCUCGAGGCAGACUCAGGCUGAUGAGUGCUUCGGCAAAUGCCAAGAGGAACCGAAACGAACGUUGCGGCAGUGAAAAUGCUUCUGCAACGGCGUGGAAAUCCGGAAACGGCGCGAGAGAA